GGGCCCCGCCCCCCCCCCCCCCGCUGCCACGUCCGUGCGGCGCCUGCGGCGGAGCCGGUGCGGGCGGCGGUUGGCGCCGCGGCCUCGUGCGCGGAACACCCGUUGCAGCCAUGAUGCCUGUUGCCACUGUGAUGCCGGAUGACACACCGAUGUUUGACCCAAAUAUUCUACAUGAACUUGACUGGAGCGAGAACACGACGACAUUUUCUCCUGCUAUUUCUCCUCUAGAUCCAGGAGAUGGCCUAGUUUUGAGACCACUUUGCACAGCAGAUUUAAAUCGAGGCUUUUUUAAGGUUCUGGGUCAGCUGACUGAAACUGGAGUUGCAAGCCCAGAGCAGUUUAUCAAAACCUUUGAGCACAUGAAGAGAUCUGGAGAUUACUACGUUACUGUCGUGGAAGACACAAAUCUUGGACAGAUUGUUGCUACGGCAACGCUGGUGAUAGAACAUAAGUUCACUCACUCUUGUGCAAAGAGAGGACGGAUAGAAGAUGUAGUAGUAAGUGGGGAGUGCCGAGGAAAGCAGCUUGGUAAACUAUUAACGUCCACCCUGACAUUGCUAAGUAAGAGACUGAACUGUUACAAAAUCACACUUGAGUGUCUGCCAAAAAAUGUGGAUUUCUAUAAGAAGUUUGGCUAUUCAGUAUCUGAAGAAAACUACAUGUUUCAACGGUUCUUUAAUUAACAACUCCUAGUCCCUUUUUUUUUUUUGUGAAGACUGUUGGUGGAGGAGCUUGUGCUACAAACAUUCUCUUCGUGAAAAAUUUAUAUAGUUCAUUGCUGCAAAUAUAACGAUCCCUAUAAAUAAUGAAUAUCAAAUGUGUAAAUCCUGGAAAAAAAAAAUACUGACAUUUUAGAAGUGUCCUCUGGGUUAGGAAAUAAGCGCUUAGAACUAAUUUUUACUACUGUUCAGUCUAAGUGAAGCUUUUUUGUUCUAGCUGUUACAAAGGACUCUUGUUAAAGGGAUGGUUUUUAACCAAAGGUAUAUAUUUUUAUCUCAAAUUUUUUCUUGCAUUGUAUUUUUCUAAAGGUUUGCGCUUCUUUUCUUGGUAGCCAAAGUACAGCUGCUGGGACUGUUCUGCUGUCCGUACUUCACGGAGGGAUGGCGUAGCUCGGGUAGGGAUGAUGCUUCUCCGCAGAAUUAGCGAUACAGAACGGGCAUUUCUUCUGCUCUUUCCAUGAAAGCUCACUGAAGCGCUGUUGAUGUUAGUGCACCUGAAGUUUUAUAGGCACUAUUUUCCAAAACAGAAUUUGUUACUGUUUGUGCGGGUCGGGGAGAAUCCUUAUGGGCUGUGCUGAAGCUGACGUUCCGAGUCUAAUAAUGGAUGUGUAUUUCUCACUGCAGGGCUCCUGCACUUUAGCUGAUAACUUCUGUUUUCAGGAUAAUUACUUGUUUUCUGACAAAAAAAAAAAAACAAAAAAAACCAACAAACAACCUGAUGGUUUGCGACGGGGCAAAGGUAACUGGGAAACUGGAAUGUCUGAGGAUACAGCCUGUCUUGAGUGGGGCUGAGGCUAGUGCUGGGUGGGAAGGUGGUUUGGGGUGGGCAGUAAUUCCUUCAGCUGCUGUACGUGAGCUCCCGAGGGCUGCGGUCUGGCUGGGGAGGGCUUGUGCCUAUGGCACAGCAAAGGAGCAGAGAAAUCCCUGGUCCCGCGGGAGCACGGCCGCUUUGCAGCGCCCCUCUUGCUCUGAGACUGGAGAAAUGAUUUUAGCACUUUUGCCAGCGAUGGCAAGCAAAUAAUGUACAAAGCCCUGGUUUCAACAGUAGUGUUUUGUGCAAAGAGUGACAAAUCCUACGUCGAUGAAUAGGGCAUUAUAAAUACGUGAAGGUUCGUACAGAACAGCCAGUCUUGUUUGUGAACAGUUAGGCCUUACAAAAUGUUCUUUCAUUGUGGUGUGGAGAGCUACUUUAAGCUGUGGUGGGGGUUCUAUUUAAUGUUCCUGAUGGUACUCCACUCAAUAUCGUGUUUCCUUGGUGAUGUCUGUUUUAUUUAUUGAUUAUUUUUAAAAAAAAAAUAAUUAAUCUUUGUUUAAGCUGAAUAAAUGAAGACUGCGAACUGUA